GGUUUCUGUGUUUGUUGCUGGCGGUCACAUCGCCGUCGUUAGCUCCAACAAUAAAACGCGUUGGGGCCGUAUGUUUUGAAUGUUGUUAUACCACAAAAAAAGUGAAAAGCCAACUCGAAAGCCAUGUCAAGACUUUAAGGCAUAUUAAUUAAUUUAACGCGUUGCAGUUGCAAGUAGAGCGUACUUGGAUGGAGUUAUAGAAAACAAAACAAAAAUAUAAAAGGUGCUCGAGUGCAAAGGUGCAAGUGAAAAACCUACAUACAUACAUAUACACUUAUAGGUGUCCGUGUGUGUGUGAACGUAAGUGCAGCUGCCGUGUACGAGUAAAUUUCGCUGUGUUUCCGUGUAUGUGUGUCGUCGCGGUGUUGGAAACAGAAUUUUGGCAGCAGAAUCCACUUCAUCAUCAGCAGAACGCAAAAUUGAAGUGCAUUUUAUACAUGCCUCUGCGCAAAACUUAAAUAGAAUCCCGAGCAGCAAAGAGAUGACGUAAAUGACACCCGACAACCUUCCAUAUAGAAGAUAACAAACAGCAACGACGACUGCACAAACAAAAGUUGAAAGAGCUCUCACUUUUUUUUUUGUAAAGUCCGCUCACCCCUCUCACUUCUCGCCAUAUAUAAUAAGUGCAAGCGAAUUCGAAAAACGAAACUGAAAACGAAACUCAAAUCGAAUUCUAUCGUUGAAGACCGAGAUAUAGUAUUACAGUUAGUAGGCUAGCGGCAGCAGAAGCGGGAGCAUGAUGAAGUCGCCAGACUUAUCAGCGAUGUGCCAUCGAUGCGCGACGUUGCCAAUUUUAUUGCUCGCUUUGCUCUUGUUGUCGGCGGCGGCAAAUGCGGAGCGGGAUUUCAAUGUGAAUGACUCGCAGGUGCCGGUUAUUGAGCCCAAAGAUGCGCCCGCCUACAAACAGGAUCCGUAUGUGACGGAGCUGAUGCGUUGCCAGCACUCGCAGUCCGAGAUUGUGCUCUCCCUGCUGCUACGCAAGCAUGAUUGGAGCGAUCUCAGCACAGCCAAGCGCGCCCAUGUGCAGUCCAAGCUGUCCAAGUUCUUUGCCAUACCCCGGGAGUUUAUUACACUGGAUUCGGUGGCCAAGCGGGAGCUGACCAACAUGCACAAGCUGGCGAUGCGAAAGGGAGGCAAGGGACAGAAGCAGCUCGAGGCGCUGAAUCAUCGCUUGGGACGCGCUAGUUUUAUGAUCGGCUGUGGUGGCAACUACUUUAGCAUGGGCGAACCAAUUGCCAAGCAGAUAGCUCACCAGAUCAAGGAUGGCACCAUUGGCGCCUUGACCGAGGAGAACUUUGGUCUGUGGUUCAUUUGGCGCAAGGAAUUGAAGUCCAGAUCACAAAGAAAGCGUCGUCAAUCGGAGGGCAGCGGAGCCGAGGAGGAUGACUACGACUACGGAGAUGAUGAUGAAGAACAGGCACCGGAACCAGUCACAGUGGUGCCAACAACACAUGCGCAUCGUCAUCAUCAUGGCGUGUCGGAGCAAACGGAACAAACUGCGGGCAUCAGUUCUUCUGCUUCUUUGCCUUCCUCUUCGUCCGUUUCCUCGACGCCUGUGGGCAGCUUGGAUGCCGAAAUCGAGGAGAGCGUCUCGCAACUGGAAUCGGUUAUAAGCAAAACGAUUGAGAACACUAAGAACAUCAAGGAGUUGCCUGUGCUGAGUGUCGACGAAGAUGUCGACGAUGUCGAGGAUGUGGAUCUGCAGCAGCUGGGCGUGCCGGCAGCGCCGGUGAUUGUGGCCAGCAACGAGAAGCAGCUCGACACUGAGCUGAGCGAUGUGGAUAAGCAGCUAACCACUACGGCGGCAUCCGCACCUGGCAACAGCAACAACGACAACGACAACCAGGUUGACACUGCGCUCGUCACCGCUCUUGAUGUAGCUGAGCACGCGGCAACGAGCACCUCACAAACGACCACAAGCCACAACAACAACAACAACAAUAUACUUGAUACACCAGAGACAUCUGCAUCCAAUCCAGCCACCUCAUCCGCAUCCUCAUCCUCAUCCGCAUCCGCAUCCACUUCAUUUGCCAGCAGCGAGACUGUCGAAAUGUCGACUCCGCCCGCUGCUGCUGUUGGCUCAUCUACAGCAGCAACCACAGUCAUGAGCAGCAGCAGCAGCUCAAGUACAGUGGCUGCCAUAGACACCGAUACGGUUAAUACUCUAACAACAACUCCAUUGCCCAUACUCUCAUCAUUUUCAACAACAACAACUUCAUCGCCAUCGCCAUCGUCAUCCUCAUCGGCAACAACAACAACAUUCGAAACAUUACCGACAGUUGCAACUAUGCCAACAACAACAGCAACAACAACUACAUCUCCAACAACAACAACAACAUCUACAACAACAACACAGUCACAAACGCCAAAGCCGAAUGAAAAUGAGCUUGAGCCAAGGAGCACCUGGCCGGUCACGGAUGUGGCUGAUGCUGACACGCUAGCCACAAUGCGUUCCACGCUAGCCGAGAUCGAUAGCGAAAUCGAGAUCGAGGCUGAAGCUGAGUCAAUGUCCACAACAACGCACAGCACGCUCUCAAUUAGCCCUAAGGCCGGCGACGCGGUUGAUGCCCUGGAAGCUGCUGCGGCAGGCAAUGGCAGCAGUGUCCCCAUCCUGACUAGCAACGAGUUGGAUGCUCCCUUAGCUUCGCCCAUUCCCGCAACGACCCGGCAACCACAGUUGGACACCAGCAGCAGCACCACCACAACCGACAGUUCAACGGAUUAUGUGGAGCCACGACAGGAGAACACCACGCCCAUCAUCAAGAUGCGGCUGCAGAAGCUGGCGGUCACCUCAGGCAAGGCAUUCAGCUUUGUGGUGCCCAUGGAAACGUUCCACGAUGCCGAGGAUCAAAGCAAUCUGCGACUUGAGCUCACCGACAAGGAUGGCCACGAGCUGAAAGCCUCAUCCUGGCUGCAAUUCAAUGCCGACAAGCGAGAACUCUACGGACUGCCACUCGAUGAUGCCGUCUCCCGUUGGACUUAUCGCCUCUCGGCGACCGAUUCGGGCAACGCUAGUGUUACGGAGACUGUGGAGAUUGCUGUGCAGCAGCAUCGUGCUGUACGCACCAUCAAUCAUGAGAUCACCAUUGCUGUACGCAUUAAUGAGAAGCUUGGUCACAACAUUGAUUGGCAACUGAAGCUAAUCCGAGCUGUGGCGCAUACGCUGGGCGAUGGCAGCAGCUCGGCGCUUGUCGUGCGUGAGAUACGUCAGACUUCGCAGGAGCCGCAAAGCGCUAGCUUUGUGUACUUCAACGAGACGCUGCCCACCAGUGAGUGUCCCGAAGUGGAGCUUAAGGAUGUGGUGCGUCGCUUGAAUGCCGAACGUUUGAGUGAUCUUGUUCUGCCGCUGCUGAGCAUACAGUCCAUAACGGGCCAGCUGAUUGGCACCUGCCAAAAGACAGAGUUAAACAAGGUCAAGCCGACCACUCAAAUGGCCAAGAACUUGCCGCCAAUGCCACGCAAUCAGGUGGAUCGCGUGAGUGCAACGGUGGGUCAGCUGCUCGUCUACAAGGUGCCCAGCGAUACGUUCUACGAUCCCAACGACAAUGAGCUGACGUUGUCGCUGAAGACCAAGGAUCACAAGGAGAUCAGUCCACGCAAUUGGAUGCAGUUCGAUUCCAAGAAUCAGGAGUUCUACGGCAUUCCCAAGGGCAGUGACACGGGCACCGAGGAGUAUCUGCUGAUUGCCGAGGAUAGCGGCGGUCUGAGUGCUAACGAUGCUCUUGUUGUGGUUGUUAGCAACGCACAGCGAAAGGAAUUGGCCAUGAACUUUAAGGCGUAUCUGGCCAUUAAGCAUGAGAACUUCAAUGCGGAGCUGCAGCGCAAGUUUGUUGAGCGCAUUGCUCAGCUAAAUGGCGAUUCGAAUACCAAUCAAGUUCUUGUGCGCACCAUCAAUCAAAACCAUGAUCAGGAUGGCGUCAUUGUCUACUUUUACAACGCUUCGCUCUACAAGAUGAACAAUCGUUGUCCCCACAAGGAGAUGGAGGAUGUGCGCAGCGUUUACUUUGAUAGCGAUCUCAAGCUUAAGCCCGCGGUUAGGCAUGCUCUUGGAGCUGAACUCAAUCUAACUCAAAUGUCGGCCAUGACUUCGAGUGUCUGUCAAUACACCGACUCGAGUGAUAUUAAUUCUUUGGAUAAUCUGCCGCCAAAUCACAAGGAGCCAAGCUUGAAACCAACCUCACCAGAAGAGUAUCUGGCCACGUUUAUACUGCCUGCCGUCAUCAUAGUGGUCAUGAUUAUUUUGGCCUCGAUUAUAGCCUGUUGCUUGCAUCGUCGUCGCCACAAGAGCGGCAAAAUGGAGUUGGGCGAUGAGGAAGAACGCAAGUCGUUCCGCACCAAGGGCAUACCUGUUAUCUUUCAGGAUGAGUUCGAGGAGAAGCCCGAAAUUGGCAACAAGAGUCCGGUUAUACUGAAGGACGAGAAGCCGCCGCUGUUGCCGCCCAGCUACAACACAUCCAACAUGAAUGGCGACAACGAUGUGGAUGAAUAUGUGCCGCCACCAGCUGUUGUGUUGGGUGGACGCGAGGUGCGAGGGAAAUCACCAGCCACGCCCUCGUAUCGCAAGCCACCGCCAUAUGUCUCGCCAUAAAUGUGUCAACAACAAUAAGUGAACGAAACAAAGAAAGCAGAAUAACAAACAACAACAACAAUGACAGGCAGCAAACAAACACAAACAAUAAUCAUUACGAAACAAACAACUAAUCAAGCAAACUUUAAAGCGAAUGCGAAAGAUUUCUUCUUAAACUUAAUCUAAACGAAACUUUUGUGCACCAACAAAAACAAAAACAAACAAACAAAAAUGGAAACUCUACUCGGAGUUGGAUUUCAAACUGAAUUUGAAUUUCGAAUUGUGUUGUAAAUCGAGAGACCCGCCCACAGCAUGAAUGAAGAAUAUUAAUCAAAUGGUAUUAUCGACAUGGACGCAACUGUAAAACAAUCAAUUAAACGAUUUCAAUAUGCGACUUGGCAAAACACUUAAGCUAAACAACAUCAACAACUACAACUAAACAUUUAAACACACUAUGCUGCAUAUUAUUUAUCUAGUAUGUACCUUAACUUAUACGAUACAAACAAACACAUACACACAAACCAUUUAGCAAGCGCAAGUGCUUGAAAAACACACACACACACACAACAAUUUAUAGAAUAGCAUUUAAAAUGUAUGUGCAAAAAAUAUGAAAAAACGCGGCCAGCCGCUGUUUUAAAAUGCCCUUUGCCAAGGUGACAAAAAAUCGGAAAUUGUAUUUAGCAUAAGUUCAACAAUUUGUAGCAGCUUAGCAGACAUUCAGCUUGUUCUUAAGUCAAGUUGUAAUUGUUUAAAUCAUUGGGCCAGUCACCGUCCGCCAUCAAAUUUAUAAUCAAUUGUUAAACUGGCCGCUGCCACAGAUAACAAAAAAAAGAAAUUCAUUUUGUACCACAUUCUGAGCCAAUCGCUAGAAGGGCUAGAAGUUGUUGGGGCAUGAUAAAAAGUAUAUGCAGUAGAUAGUCUAGUAUUAUAUAGUCAUCAUAUCAUUCGAUUCAUUUAUUUAUUGGCCAUGCUGUUAGUUUCGUAUUCUUAGCACACACUUCCCUUGGGCAGGGGGCAUUACGCUUUGGGUUUUGAGUUUUGCAUUUAGGUUCUAAGCAGAGAAAAGUGUUUUUUGCGUGUAAUGCCUAUUGUUUUUAGUCUGUUUUUUUUUUAUAUAACAAAUAAUAUUUGCUAUACUCAAUACAGCUGCCAAUUUGAACUGCGCUCACAGUUCGAACGCGACAACAAAUACAAAUCAAAAUAAUAGUAUUCAGAAAUUCCUACAGUUGCCCCACUAAGUGCUUCCUCCAUACCACCAAGAUCAUAUCCUCAAAUCAAACUAUCCUCAAACACACACACACACAAACACAAAGAAACACACACUAAGUAUAUCAAAUCAUUACUUAAAGUAGCCCUUAGUUUUUAAAAUUGAUUUUACAAGCGCCCCAAACUAUAUAUGAUUAGAAUAUAAACACGUAUUUAUAUACUUAAUCUUAAACUUAAAAACAAAAAGAAAAGAAAAAAAGGAAAAACGAACCAUUUGAAUUACUCGAACUAAUACUGUAUGAUAAUUUUUUGUACCGUGUAGAGAGUAUGUCCAAUUGAUUUUAUAUAGAAGGACGACGCGAACCGUAAUCUAUGUAAGUUAGAGCAAUAUUUUCUCUGAAUUAUAAAUUUAUACCUAAUGAAAAACAGAACAAUGAAUAUGAAAAGAAGGGAAUGAAAUGAAAUGUUAAGAGAAUGUGCGACCGCAAUGCGGCGUAAUGCCUAUUAAAUUAAGCAUCUAGCAUAUGUUCACGUAUGUCUACUAAUUUUGUGAGUAAAUUGUAAAAGCUCAUUAAGCGUAAAUACUUAUUAUACACACUGUAUUUUGUAACAAACAAAACAACACAGCAACAACAACAACAACAUCAAACAACAGCAACAACAAUAACGGUAUCAAUUUAUUUUGAAUAAAAAAUGCCAAAGAUACAUGCUUCUAUUUAUUAUUUAAUUUGCAUUCGAUUCGCAUGUGAUUGAUGCCAACCGAAAUACUCUCACUCUCUUUCAGAUAUAGUCCUCUUUCCCCCUAUCUACCCCACCUCUCCUCAACCCGUAAGUACCACAAAAACCACAAACAAACACACACAAAUAGUUUUGAAUUUCACCAAAUUGUAGCCUAGAGAACUGAACUAAUAAUAAAUAGAACAACAAUAAAAUAAAAAACAAUACAAUAAUUGUGCAUAGAAAUUGUAAACGUUGUAAUACACACACAUACACACAUAGAUAUAUGUAGAUUCUAUGUAUGAAAAAUAAUCAAUUGAUAGCAAACAAAUUUGUACAUUUGCAACAAAUUAUUUGAAGAAUGAAAGUCAAUAAUAAAUCAACAAAAUUGAUUGCAAUUUGUGUGCAAUUUUCCAGUAUGCGAAAAAACACACACAAAUGGUAAACACACACACACACACAAGCAAACAUAUUAUACAAUAUAUGGUAUAUAAAUAACAAAUUACUAAUAAACAUUUAUAUAUAUAUUUUGAUAUAAUUAAUGAA